AUGAACGAAUCUGACGAACACUCACUAUACAAAGCUGACUCGUUAUCAGACUCUGAUUCGGACGACUAUCAAUUUGAAAGUAGUGGUGUACUUGACCAUGUUCUCAACAAAUACCGCCAUUUCCAGAGUCUCACAGCUAAAAAGAACAACUUGACGACCGGAUCUACAACCAAUACAUCGCAUGGUAGCAACAACGUAUGUGUUAUCCCUGUAUCUUAUAUGAAACACCAAAGUGGUAACCAAGACGAUGUAUUACAGUCAAACGAUUCAACGCAAAUUCGAGGAAGACGGCAUAUAUCAGUUACAAGUCAAUCAACACCAUUUGUUAUCCGAAGCUCUGAUCCACAACGUCCCUUAUCCGCAACACGCCAUUCAAUUUCUUCAGACACACAUGAUUCCCCUAAUUCAUCUUCAUUAUCAUUAUCAUCACGAUCAUUAUCACCAUUCAAAGCCAAAAGCGAUUCACCAAGCGAGCACAGCCCAACAAAGUCACGUGAAGAAACGUUCUCUUCUUAUUCAGCACUACCAUCCAACCACUCUUGGCAUGAUCGAUCAGAAUUUUCGACAUCGACUUCAGUUAAACGUCAAAAGCGAUCACCAAAAAAUGAUACAAUCAGUCCAAGAUCACAUAUGGGAUACGAGGUCGACCAGGCGACGGCGAAGAAAACGAUGCAAGAUCUUGUGAAGAACGGUGUUCCUGAUAUCCCAACAAGGCGACAUGUCCACUGGAAGCAAGAUCAGGAGCCUAAUCAACCUUCUCUAUCGCAUUCAUUUUGGAAACCUGCUCCUGCUCAAGUUAAUGGCGCACCAUCACCUUUGCAUAUCACCCCCACGUCCAGAAAGGAAAAUGCGUACACUGUACGUCCUCGUCCUCCUUCUCCUACUUCCAGUGACGAUGAAGAGGAGCAUGAUGAUGACGAUGAUAUAUUUAAGCGCCCAUUUGACGUCAAGGAUAGCAAGGAGAGCAACAAGGAGAAUUACCCACCACCACCAUUGCCACUACGAGCACCUAUACAUGUACAAAAAGGCAACACAAGUGCACCCACCAUUGGAUCAGAAAUCAGGAUACAAGAUGAACGUUACAUUGUGUUGGGGAAAAUUGGCACGGGUGGAUCAAGCGAAGUCUUUGAAGUGGUGUCACAAAAACGUGAAUGCAAGUUCGCUAUCAAAUGCGUCAAAAUCAACAAUGUCGACAAAUCGGUCACGGAUGGAUAUAAAGAUGAGAUCCGGCUACUUCGCAAACUCAACAGGAAUGAUCGCAUCGUAUGCCUAUAUCAGCAUGAAAUCAGACAUUCAGAGCAGACUAUCUACAUGGUGCUUGAACUAGGGUCGAUUGAUUUUGCGCAUUUGCUGGCGAAGCGCAAGGGUCAACCUCUAAAUUAUCACUUUUUGCGGUACUAUUGGCAGCAGAUGUUGGAGGCUGUGGCUGCUAUACAUCAACUCAAAAUCGUGCAUUCCGAUCUCAAGCCUGCCAAUUUCAUCCUCGUCCAUGACACGUUGAAGCUGAUUGAUUUUGGUAUAGCGAAAGCUAUUUCCAACGAUACCACCAACAUUCAACGAGAAAAUCAGCUGGGUACACUCAAUUACAUGUCACCGGAAACUUUGAGGGGAACAGACCAAGAUGGCAACUUGAUUAUCAAGCAUGGUCGACCGAGUGAUGUGUGGUCGCUUGGCUGCAUUCUAUACCAAAUGGUGUAUGGGUCUCCACCUUUUCAUGCCUUUACACAACAGCUAUCCAAAAUGCAAGCCAUCCUCAAUCCCGCUUUCAAGAUCAAAUUCUCGGACACACUCAAGUAUGAUAACCAUCCUGAUGUCAUUGUGCAAGAGAGUCUUUUGGACGUGUUAAAAUCAUGCCUUGAACGGGAACCCAAGCAUCGUAAAACCAUCCCUGAACUUUUGAAACAUCCUUUUCUGCAAUAA